UGUAAUAAACACACCCAAUUCACAAUACUUCAUACCACUAGAACAGUCCAAUGGAUUUCACUGGAAACAACAGAGGCUUGCUUCAACAUAUUUAGAACACCAAACUAAUUGCACUGUUUGUCCAGCAACUGUGCCUCCUUUUUUGGCACACCUGAACGGGAGGCACUGGGUCGGCUUCGGAGAACCAGAAAGAGGAGUUUGAAGAACAGUAGAAGAUUGAAGCAGCAGAUCCGGGUGGCCAUGAGAACCGCGAGGCGGGCCAGCACCAUGGAGGUGCCCUCAUUCCUGAGGCAGCUGGUGAAGGAAACCGAGAAGAUGGUGACCUUCUUUUUUAAGGGUGGCCGACGGGAGCAGGGAGUUGAUGAUGAGUACUUUGAAAAUGAAGAGGAUGUCGGCAGACCCUACUUAGACAGGCCCAUUUUGGAGAAAGAUACGGCGGAAGGUGGGUCGAAAUGGGGCAUUAACUACGGCAUGGCCAGUAUGCAGGGCUGGCGUGCACAGAUGGAGGAUUCCCACACCUGCAUGCCAGAGAUGACCAAUGCCUUGCCAGAAUGGAGCUAUUUUGCCGUGUACGAUGGACAUGCGGGGAGAACGGUGGCUCAGUACUGCUCCAGACACCUGCUGGAUUUCAUUCUCCACACAGGCUGUGUGACGGUGCAUGAGGCUGUAGACCAGGUCAAAGACGGCAUCAGAGAUGGCUUCCUUAACAUAGACCGCCACAUGCACUCCCUGGCCCGCAAUGAGAGCUGGGACCACAGCGGAUCAACAGCAACUGCCGUUAUGAUCUCUCCACGAAAUAUCUACUUCAUCAACUGCGGCGAUUCACGAACCUUCCUUUGCCGUGACGGCCAGGUGGUCUUCUACACGGAAGACCACAAACCUAUCAACCCACGUGAGAAAGAACGCAUCCAGAACGCUGGAGGCUCCGUCACCCUGCAGCGCAUCAACGGCUCGCUGGCCGUGUCUCGUGCUCUUGGCGACUUCGACUUUAAGGAGGUGGAAUGGAGGACUCAGACUGAACAGCUGGUGUCGCCUGAACCAGAGGUGUACGAGCUGGAGCGAGCCCCAGAAGAUGAGUUCCUGGUGGUGGCGUGUGAUGGCGUCUGGGACGCCAUCGGGAAUGAGGAGCUGUGUGCGUUUGUGCGCAACCGCCUGCAGGUCUGUGAUGAUCUGAGGGAGAUCUGCUCACAGGUCAUUGACCUCUGCCUCUAUAAGGGAAGUUUAGACAACAUCAGCAUUAUCAUUAUUUGCUUCGAUGGCGCCCCCAAGGUGACACGAGAGGCACUACAACAGGAAGCAGAGUUAGAGCGCGUCAUUGAGCAAAAAGUGGCAGAGAUCAUUAACGUGAUCAGAUCUAAAGAUGAGGAGCCUGACCUACUCUAUGUGAUGAAGUUCCUGGCGUCUGAAGAUAUUCCCGGCCUUCCACCAGGUGGAGGAAUCUCAUGCAAGAGAGAUUGCAUAAUUGGCGCAUAUCAGAAAUAUGCAGCAGCCUUUAGAUCUCUUGAGCCAAUGGAUAUUGCCUGCUCUGAUGACUCCACCUAGUGGCCAAUAUUGAUGGAGAUGGAAUCAAGCCUUGAAUCUCUGUAGAUGUAAUGAUGCCAGGAGGAUAUAAGUGUGCCACCUGCUUUACAGAGGUCAAAUUGUUUAGCCAAACUAUUUCUUUUUUAAAUUAAUGUUGUGUACUGUAAAAUUAGUAACAGAAAUAGGUGGAUUUAUCAAAUGCUUUCAUGAAGGUAAAGCAUCUGACACCAUGUAAAGCUUCUAAUGGAAGAUAUAAAGAUUUUACUUUACUUAAAAGUGAAAUGAAAUUGUUUUUGAUUAAAUAUCUUAAGGGCACAUGAAAAUGAUCAUUUGCAAUAAACACUUCAAUAUUCUAUUAAAUAAAUACAUUUCAUGGAGACUUUAAAGUGUCACUGAAUCCAAGUUUUUAGUUAAAUUAAAUUAAAUGAAUGACUUGACAGCUGGGAUAAAUGAAAUUGCACAAAAUUACACAAAUCACUUUUAAAUGAAUGUACUUUGUUAGCUUUUUAAGUAACACUUUUCUAAAUGUAUUCAAAUAAAUGACUUUAUGUAACAUUACAGUUUUAGCUUGUUUUACGUUAGACUUCACGACUGACCAAAGAUUUGCAAACAGAUUUAAAAUACUUCAAUGUGUAAGUGUAUUAUAAAUGUGUUUCUUGUACUUCUUUAUGGAUAUUAAGCUCUCUUUACUUACAGAGAGCUUAGGUUUAUAUAACUGAACCUGUACAAUAUAUUAAAUCUAACAUCUGUAAAACUUUUUAAAUGGUACUUGAACUAUAAAUUCACUUGUCUCUCUCUCUUUUUUUAACUAGAGUACAUCUGCUAGUUCUAAAACACAUGAAAAUAAUGCUGUAAAUAAGGAUCCAUGUUUUGUAUAUAAGAACUUAAUGCCUGUCUGUCAUUUUGUGAGUGUAAAUCAGUAUGAAAUCAUACAUGAAGACUUGAGAAGUUGUGUUUUACAGUAUACAGUAUGUAAAUUAGUGAUGAGUGAAUGAAUUGUCCAAAUACUUUUUUGCGUGCAUUGUAUCCUGCCCAUCACUAUGCAACAGUUUACAGAAAUACAUGGCAUUAGUUAAUAUGCAUUGAAAUAUUCUACAAAAAAAAAAAAGUUUUAUUGGUAAUUGUCACGGGCAGCUUUGACAACAAGUUUCUGUGCUUGUGAAUGUUUGUGUGUGUGCGAUCAUCUAUUAUGUGCAUUUGCUAUAAUGAAAGCAGCAUUAAUUUUAAAGCUAAAAAGGGAAUAUACAAUGGUAAACACUUUAAUUACUCCAGUUAUUUAAUAAACUUACCCAGUGCUACUUGGCCUCAGUGAAUGUACCAUAACCUCUAUAGAAUGUGUGACUGGAGUGUCAGGAGCCAUGACACCUCUAUACUAAUUACUGAAAGCUCAUCUUUGGUGUUACUGUCAU